AUGGAGGAAGAAGAUCACAGCGACAAGGAGAGCGUAGGAGACGAUCGCGUGGACGACAGGGACGACAAGCCUAAAAGGAGUUACGACAAAAUGGUAGAAGAAAUAAAAAUCGAAAACAGCAAGUCAUACAUCUCGAAAAUUAGCGUGCCAUUAUUGAAAAAAAAGUAUUUUAAGUAUUUUCUUAAAAUACUGGACUAUGCGUACUAUGCCAAAGUAACAGCCAUGCAUAUCAUAAAAACAAAUGAGCAGAUGGACGAACGGAAGAAAAAAAUUUUGAAAAACAAAUUCGUUGUCAUAGGCCUAACGCAGGUUGUCAAAGCAAUUAGGAAAGGAAUGGAAGGCAUUGCCUUCUUGGCUAUAGACGUAUUUCCAAUCGACAUAAUAUGUCACAUGCCCGUUUUCUGUGAAGAACAUAGGAUACCUUACACCUUCGUUACGACAAAGAAUAAGCUGGCCCGUUUGUGCAAACUAAAACGAUCAGUCACCUGCUUGUUUCUCCCUAAACCUAGCAUCGACAUAGACAAUUUUGAGGAUACCGUCAAUGAGUUUAGCAGUAAGAAGAUGAUUAGCAACUACGCCAAGCUGUACGAGAAGAUGCUCUUCGCCGUGAAGAAGAACCAUCCGUUCUUUCAGUCAUAG